AUGCCAUUUGUGAGUAAGGAGGGAGAGAAUAAUUACGCGAUGGUUCCUCGCGAAGUGGAGGAUGUCUCAGCCCCACCGACGGAGGUGGGUUUUCUUGACAAUGCCAGCAUCUUUUCCGACUCCGUGGAUCUCGACGCUGAGAAGAAGCGGGUUGCUGACGAUAUUCAAGAAGACCAACACGAUCAGCCAUACGAACAGCAAGAAGCGCUUUCACGCGGAGUUCACAGUAACGCUGAUACAGCUUCCGUAAGGAACGGCAGUGUUGAAGUAUCGACUGAGCAGCAACCAAAGGCUGCCAUUAAGCCACGCCACACACCAUUGUCUGCGCCAGUGCAAUGGGAACCCAUUUCCCUUGCUGUACCAGAGGAUGACCCAAAUGAUGAAUUUGACAUUGGUACAGCGAAGAAACCAGUGUUUGGGCCUUCGACAGGCACUAAGGAAAAAUAUGUCUUUGUGAAUGGUGAACCCGAUCUAAAGGGUGAAGUGGUCUCAUGUUUUGAAGAACCAGGACUACUCUACCGCGUUGUGGACAAGUCAAACAAGAUUUGGGCCUUCUAUAAUGACAGCCUUUCCUUCGAGGUACAUGUCUCAUGUACUUUUGGUAAACACUCAAAGAUUGAAGCGUUAGAGAAUACUACAAUUCAUCGUGAUGAGAAUGGCAAUUUUAUUGCUGAGGUUGUCGUUUACCCAGCUGAGACAGAGUUCUUUGUCAAGGGAUUUGUAAAUGGAUUCAGCAGCCGAAUGCGUGCAUUACCGAUAUCAGAUGAGUACCUUUCUGAGUGUCAACAAUUACAGUUUACCAACGUUGUGGAAGUUGAUAUGAACUAUGUAAAGGCUCUUGUUGGUGAUAAUACCGAUGCCACCAAGGCAUUGGAAGAAUGUGUAAAACAUAAUGUACCUUUUGUGGAUAUGGAAUUUCCACCAAUACAGCUUUCCAUUGAAGCAGGUGCAAAGAGGCCAUUAAAGCUGCUACCUUGGUUUCGCCCUCAGAUGUAUUUAAACCCAGCCCUUGUCGACCAGAUCCGACUCUUCCGCAAAGAAAUUGUACCUGGCGAUGUUCGACAAGGGGAACUUGGUGACUGUUGGUUUAUGUGCGCCAUUACAACUCUUGAAGAGCACCCAGAAAUGGUUCAACGUAUGUUUCGUCACCCACAGGGUGCGGAAGUGGCUCGUGAAGAGCGGGCUGUUGGUGCCUAUCGUGUGACACUUAACAAGAAUGGACUUUGGAACAGCGUAAUUGUUGAUAAUUAUUUACCUGCUCUUGGGGGCAAACCAAAAUUUGCCAGCAGUACAGAUCUUUGUGAAAUGUGGCCUUCAAUUCUUGAGAAAGCUUAUGCGAAAUUGCAUGGUAGCUAUGGAAUGAUACAGUCCGGUGAUCCUGUUCAUGCCCUCACCGAUAUGACAGGGUGCUCUUCUUCCCGUUUUGAUGACGCCUUCAACAAGGCAAAAGAGGACGGUGGAAAAGAAUUCUUCCGGGAUUUGCUACAACUACAUAACUCUGGGUACCAGCUCUUGUUAACUACCCCUGGAAAGGCUCCAGCUUUUCUUCUUGGGACUGAUACACAUGCCAAUGCUUUCAGUAAUGAACCUGAGUUGGAAAAGCUUCUCGGAGGAACCGGUCUUAUUCCCGGACAUGCAUACACUGUUGAAGAAAUUUACCAUUUCCCUGAUGAAGGUGACGUAAGAUUGAUGAAGAUUCGCAAUGUUUGGGGAUCUUGCAAAGAAUGGAAUGGACCAUGGUCUACUGGAAGCAGUGAGUGGGAAUCGCACCCCAAUGUGGCGGUGUCUUGCAAUUAUGAAAACACUGAUGAUACAAGUGUUUGGAUGGAUUGGGAACACGUGUUGCAGUUCUUCAUUGGUGGUGGUGUUCACUUCCUUAACGAAGCGUAUGACUACCGUGUCCCAAUAAUCUUUGCCGACUGUCGUCCAUCACUUGUCAUGGAAGUGAGUGUGGAUAGCCCGGUGAGGGUUUGCGUUUCGCUAUCCAAUGUUGACCAUCGUGGACUCUACACAGAGAACCAAGACGAUGAAUCUCGUGAAUAUCCACCACUGAUGAUUUCCAUCUCUUCUACACACCCCGACCAGGAGGGCGUACAUAAAGUCAUUCAAAACUCCUCCGUGGACCCCGCGAACCCGUCGCCGGACAAGUGGACUUUCAUGCAGGGACGUGAUGUCAGUAUGUUCUACGAACUCACACCAGAGCAGUCCCCAUAUCUCAUUAUCCCACGCAUGAUGGAGACGGAAGAAACCACACACGGCAGCAAGGCGUGGUUCACAAGCCUGCAGGGCAAAAUCCACCCGCUGCAUUUCGUCAACUCCCAUCCAAGCGAGGGCAACGUGGCGGAGGUGCCGGUUGUGUUGGGCCUCCGCUGUGAGCAGCCGGUGGGCGACGGUGGUGUCCGCGUGGACUUCCGCCGCCUCGAAGACGACAACGUUGUGUUUGAGAACUUCCCAAAGUUCCCAGCCGAUACAGUGGCAGUGGAGGAGGCGUACUACCAGGUGCGGACACCCACACCAGGAUUCGCCGUCGAGAAGGUGGGUCCAUCCCUUUUCUGA